UUCUCUGUUAUUACAUAAACACUGAAAUGAUGUUUGGCUGGUGACAUAUCUCUUAAAAGUGCUCUGGGUUUUAGAUAUUACGUGCUCUUUAAUGAAUUUUCUGUGUCUGCUUGAAUUGGCGUUCUCUGUAGAGUAGUGAUGGAUACGUAUGUUUAUCUGGUUUGCACUGCAGGUGUCAUGGCCUUGACACCAUUGUGCUAGCCUGAGAGGUUGUGCUAGUUUGAAGCAAGCUGGAAUGUUUUGGUAAAAGAACUAGAUAAUGGGCAGUGAAAAAGUAAACAUGGUUGUGUCUCUUCGCUCACAGUCCCACUGAGAGUUCUGGGAAGAAGGAGGAAAACAUUUGAUAAUAUUCUCCAUUUUGUCUUUCAUUCUGCCUUUGCCUUCAGACCUAGUCACAUCUCCUUAACCCCACUGCCACUAACCUUCCUUCUUAACCUCUUGGCUGCACCUCUAUUCUUCCUGGGAACUGGGUCCUGAAAAAUAAAAUAGUAUUUCUCUUACGUACAUAUAACAGAUAACCUGAUUUUGUGAAACACAUUUUUGACCUCAUAUAAGUGAAACAGGAUCAGAACGUGUACUAGUUCGUUGAAAGAGUUUUGUCUCAGCAGUAUGCCUCUCAGUUCCUGAUGAGGAAACGUCGAGCAAAUUCUUUUAUGGAAGAAAGUAAGAAGGGAAAUCUAGAAAGAGAGUGCAUUGAAGAAUUAUGCAAUAAAGAAGAAGCCAGGGAAAUCUUUGAAAAUAAUCCUGAAACUGAGUAUUUUUAUCCCAAAUAUUUAAGUUGCCUUGCCGCCCAUCGAGCAGGGAUUUUCAGGGUUGCAGCAGUUACUCCAGAUUCUCCAGCUGAUCUAAGGACUUGUGUCAAUGAAAUUUCAAACCAAUGUAGCCCUCUGCCAUGCCAUAAAGAUGGGUAUAAGGAUUGCAUAGAUGGACAGGCCAAAUACACAUGUAUCUGUAAACCAGGAUGGCAAGGAGAGAAAUGUGAAGAAGAUAUAAAUGAAUGUGAAGACUUAAAUGGAGGUUGUAGCCAACGCUGUUCUAAUUUACCUGGAAGCUACCGUUGCUUGUGUGAAGAUGGUUAUUUCAUGCAUUCAAAUAAACGGGACUGUGGAGAUAUAAAUGAAUGUGUACUACAUCCAAAUAUCUGUGGGGCAGCCAUCUGUAAAAACACCCUAGGAAAAUAUGAAUGUGAGUGUGCAGAAGGCUACACAUAUAAUUCAACUUCCAAGAACUGUGAAGAUAUUGAUGAAUGUGCUGAAAAUGUUUGCGGUCAACUCUGCGUAAAUUCUCCAGGAAGUUACAGCUGCUAUUGUGAUGGCAAGAAAGGGUUCAAGCUCUCUAAGGACAUGAAGAGCUGCGAGUCUGUUACUGCAUGCAUUCCACUGAACCUUGAAAAAAAUUACGAACUGCUUUACCUGGCGGAGCAAUUUACAGGAAUUCCUGUUCUGUACUUAAAGUUUAAAUUGCCAAACGUCACCAGAUUUACAGCAGAAUUUGAUUUCCGAACAUAUGAUGCAGAGGGAGUUAUACUGUAUGCAGAAUCCAUUGACAAUACAGCAUGGAUCUUGCUUGCUCUUCGUGAUGGGAAGAUUGAAAUUCAGUUCAAGAAUGAAUUUGGAACAAAAGUCACCAGUGGAGGCAAAGCCGUUAACGAUGGAUUGUGGCAUAUAAUAUCAGUUGAAGAACUAGAACACAGCAUCAGUGUAAAAAUAGCUAAAGAAGCUGUGAUGAGUAUUAACAGCCCAGGAACUCUUUUCAAGCAAUCACAAGGUUUCUUGGAAACUAAAGUGUACAUUGCAGGAUUUCCUCGCAAAGCGGGCAAUAAUCUUGUUAAGCAGAUUAACCCUCGGCUAGAUGGAUGCAUUCGUGCUUGGAACCUGAUGAAUCAGGGACAUUCAGGUGUAAAAGAAGUAAUUCAAGAAAAACAAAGCAAGCACUGUUUAGUAUCAGUGGGGAGAGGAUCUUUCUACCCUGGCACUGGAAUGGCAGCGUUUCAGAUAAACUACAACAAUCUUGACAGUGAUGAAGAUUGGCUAAUAAAUGUGACUCUGACUAUUCGCCCAUCCACUGACACUGGUGUUAUGUUUGCCUUGGUUUCUAAUGAAACAGUGCCACUUGCUUUGUCCAUAGUGGACUCUAACUCCUCUGACUCACAGAAAAUCAUUGUGACCAUUGGAAACAUCACCGUUGCACAUCUGGAAUCAAAGAAAUUAUGUACACCUAGAAAAGUUCUCAUUGGACUUCGAGUAACAAAACAACAGCUUGAACUGUCUGUUGAUUCACACACAGACAGAAGCAGUCCAGAGCAGCUGUCUUUCUUGCAUCAAGCAAUGAUGGCAAAUGUUGUUACCUAUUUGGGCGGCCUGCCAGAUGUUCCUCUGGGUUCUACCUUAGUAACCGUUUUUUAUAAUGGCUGCAUGGAGGUGAAGGUCAACAACAGACAGCUGGAUCUGGAUGAAGCCAUUUCUAAGCACAAUGACAUUAGAUCGCACUCAUGCCCACUGAUUAUGCAGUAACCCUUCAACUUGUAAUUUAAUUUUUUUCUUUCAGAUGUAAUUUGUGUAGUCUCAUGCCAUGAGUAAGUCUGUGUCAUUCUAUUCAAGAUGUGACAGCAAAAUAGUCAACAGGGUAUUUUUCCUGUCCUUUACAUAGAACGGAGGGAGGGAAACAACCCCUUUUUUUAGCUGCAGAGACAAUCAAGAUCAGAAUUCUGUAAAAGAUUCAUUUAUUCACAUCAGUAAUAAAUCUUAAGGAUAAAAUUGUCCUCUGUGUUCA